UUUCACAAUGGGUUGUCCAGACUCUAAAAUGAGGAUUGACACUUAGAGUUUCCCCAAAUAGCCCUUUAAAGUAUCCAGAUGUCGCUUUUAGUGGCCAAUGUGGAUUUUGGUUGCCACACUUUUGAAAAUUGGGUCAUUUUUUCUUCACAGAGGCAAGAGGUUUCUGAAGAAAAUAUCCAACUGGUUAUUUUGAUGCUGCAUAAAAGUGUCAGUGUUUCCACUUCAGCUUUUAGGGUGGAAUUUAUAAAGCAGCAUAGGAAAUUAGAUGCCUGAGUCCAUAAUUCAAUGGAGUUGACACCUACUCUUUAGGCCUUAAGAUAUCCAAGCUGUCAUGUUGUUUUGCUCUAUAGGUUGGUUGGUUGAGUGGCAGAUUCCUUUCCACAGGGUAUUGUUUUGGAGUUAACAACCUCUGAUUUGCUCCGUUGAAAUGUCCGUGUGUGAGGAUAUUUGCUCUGCGAAUUACCGCAAGUGCGUGUCAAGCUCUCAGAGCUAUGCCUGGGUCACUUGCUCACACAUCUUCUGUGACCAGCACGGCUAGUGAGGGAAUUCAGCGUUCACAGCAGUCUGUCCUGCCUGCUAACAGUGCCUCUCUGGCAGAGACAUUGUUCGCACCGAGCCUAAGUCCCUCUGAAGACACAAGGCAUGGGUGUCGGCUGGACUUCGCCAGAGUACUGUGCUGGACAUCAGCUCCCGUGCACUCGCCUUCUGGACAAUCAGUAAACCACCCCAGGUGGGGCAUCAAUAUCAAGCACAUCACAAACAUCAUGAAUUAUCUCAGGAGAAGUAUGUCUCUAAUUACUAUCUCCAUUUUACAUUGGUCAAAGAAGCCUGUCAGACCUGUCAUAAUCUCACAUGGCAGGUUCCCAGGAGCGCCUAUCAGGAAUACACCUACAGCAAGGCUGAGGAGACACUGAAGCAGGAUGAGAAGAUACACCAGCAGCUGCAGAGCAAGGACAUGGAACUGACCUCCAUGAAGAGUGAGGUCUCCUCCCUGAAAGAAGGUGUGGAGGAGUACAAGAAGAAGUUCAGCGAGCUCUCUGAGAAGCUCAUGGGCGUAACCGCCAGCUACCAGAAGCUCCAGGCUCUAUUUCCUGGGGAUGCCACGCCAGUCCGGGGCAGGCGUGGAGAGGGAGACUUCCACUUCAAACCUCUUUGCCACAUCCCACCUGCGGGUGAAUCCAGCAACAGCUUUUCCCCUUCGCCUCUCAGCAAUGAGCUGGAGCCACAUCCUGGAGCCAGCAGGGCGUACAAGAUGAAGAGGAUAUAACCAGUAAUGUGCCUUCCACACCUGCCUCUUGGAAAUUCAGCCAAUCCGUCAGCGGGGGAAAGAGCGAAAAUGCAUAUUGUCUGGAUUUGAGAUUCUCCUCAGUAUUGGGAUAUUUCUUUUAGCUGUUAUAAUGUAAUCAACCUCUGAUUGGCACCAGAGAUUGUCUUGACUUUCAUCCUAGUCUGUAAUGCCCUGUCACCUCUGAGUGUCAAUUUCAUUGUCACAAAUCUGUCACCAACAGACUGUCCUUCAGACUGUAACCUCUCUCACCCUUGGACUGCCCCUCUCAGAUUGUAAAAUUGACACCUCUGACUGUAGUAUCCUAUCGCAUUUGGACCAAGAUCCUCAAGGCACCUAAAUACCUUUGAGGAUCUGGGCCUGGUUUGGAUGUACUCUCUUAAUAGGUUACAAUUCAUUGUUG